AUGCGGUGUCGAAGGAUGUGCGAAAAGAAACCAUCAGGUCGAAUCAACGUUGAUACCAAGAUUGUGGAACAGUACAAGGAGGGUGGGGAGUCUAGGGAAGUCCUAGAGAUGGCACUUUUGGAGUGCUUGGCCAAGCAUGGAGUGGAUCGGUCAAGCUACAAGCGCAUCAAGGCAGACUUUGUGCAAAAGUGCAAGCUGAUCAGGGAGCGCCUUGAAUCACGCCAGUCUGAGGUGCAUGGCCGAUGGAUGACGGCCGAGGCCAUGAAAAAGUCGGGCCUUUGGUCUGCCCAGACAAUCAAGCAGAUGAUCAGCUAUUGCCGCAAAUUCCCAGAGUCGCUGAUAAGGACUUGGAAGUAUGACGAUCGAGUCGAGGAGUAUUUCAUCAUUGUUGAAGACAAAAGGAUGCACAUGAAGGCAGAGAGCCUACGGGAUCUGCAGGAAACUGAUCUUGGAGAAACUUGGUUGAGUGCUUCAUGCCCACCCAGCCCUGAUUAUAAAUGA